AUGGCAGAAAGCGCUUCAAGCCGAUUCGCCCGAUUGCUGACCUCACUCCACAUUCCCGAAGAGCAUAUCACGGAGGCGACUGCGCAAGUCUCUGCCGAGGAACAGGCUCAUGCCAUUGAGAAAUGGCAGAUGCGUGCCCCGGACGCGCUCGAAUGCCUUCAGAGGGUUGUGGUCAGCAGCGCCUCCAAGAUGGGUGAGACAUUGUCCGAGCACAUCAUACGCAGCUUCGAGGUAUCCAUGAUGAGCCUUAGCCAAGACACUUUCGAUGGAGAGGAGUGGGCAGCUGCAUUCGAUGCCUUGGCAGAGCAUUCCAUGGCAAACUUCAACACACUGCACAAGUACUCCACGGACAUUUCGCAGACGCCGUUCCCCUACCCAGUGCUUCUCGAAGAGCUGCGCCCGCUCUUGAAGCGGGACUUCGACGUCUCCCCAGAUGAUCUCACCUUGAGCGCAGCAUUCUUCAUCCACUAUGGACAGAGCCACAACACCAUCCUCCGGCGGCAUAGGGACAACAGCCACAUCACGGUGAACGUGUGCUUGAAGGUGGACUCCUUGCAGGGCUCUGAGAUUCGCUUCUUGCGGCGCAGUUCGGAGACCGCUCCUCCAGUGGGUGAGAGUGUGCUCGUGGAGGUGCCGGCGGGGACGGCUCUGGUACAUUGGGGCGACCAGGAGCAUGAGACCUUGCCCUGGCAGGCGGGUGAUCGCUGGACGGCUAUUCUGUGGUUCAAGCUUCGUGAGGCCUAG